AUGGCCCUGGCCCGUAGAGGUCGAAAAUGUAAGCGCGCUGCAAAUGGAUUGAGAGAUGAACCAAUUGAGCAACCUCCCUCAUGUCAUGAAACAAGGCAGCAGCCUCCACUUGGAACAAGCCAUGAAAAUGUAAUUGAACAAGUUCAAGGAGAAGCUGCUCGGGCACCUCAAUCUCCAAUUCAAAAUUCUACAUUGGGAAUAAUGCAUGAAUCAGGUGACCAAGUUACUCAACAUGCUGAUGGAGGUUCACAGUCGCAUGAGCAGUGCCAGAACUCUCCAAUUCAACAAUCUCCACUUGGAACAAGGCACGUACCAACUGAAGAAAAUCCAAAUCAGGAUUCUCAAGGUCAACAUUCCAAUGACACCACCUUCAUGUCAUGCAACUCGGACGAUGCAGGCAGUUUGGCUAGGAAUGGUAUGUAUUGUCCAAUAGAUGUUGAAAGUUGGCUUAAGAUGCCAAGGAAACUUAAAAUGGAUAUGUUAGAAGUGAUAAAGGAAAGGUUUGCUUUGCCUAUGGGACUAGAAGUUUGGACCUUAAGAUUUAUUGGCAAAAAAUGGAGAAGCUGGAAGGCAGAUUUAAAGGCUACAUAUUUUGAUCCUGCCGUGCCAAAUGCUGAGGCUCGGUUUCAAAAGGACAUAAGGGUACGGGAAGAGCAAUGGAUCAAACUUUGGGUUUAUUGGAAAAGUGAAGAAGCAAAGAAACUAAGUGAGAGGAACAAUAAAGCUAGAGGGGAGAAGAAGAUGAGCCACACAACUGGAAAAAAGUCAUUUGCUCAUCUUCGGAACCACUUGGCCAAACAAUUGGGAAGACCUCCUACUAGAGUAGAAAUGUUCAAUAAGUUCUAUACACAUGCCGAUGGAACUCCAUCAAGUACCAUAGUUGCUGAGAAUUUGGAAAAAAUGAAUGAGCUGAAAAAUCAGCUUCCAUCGGAGUCGCAAGAUCCAAUUGGUCGCAAUAAUAUAUUUGCCCAGGUGGUUGGGCAAGACAAACAUGGUCAUGUUCGCUUGUUUAGUGACGGUGUGAAUCCAACGGACUUAUGGGAAGACAUUCCUAGUCGUAACACAUGUUACCGUAUAAGUGUUCAACAACAGUCAAUAUUGGUCCAUUUGGAGGAAAGGCUUCAGCGACAAGAUGAUGAAAUAGCCAGCUUGAAGAAAAUGGUAGGGAAUAUGGUUUCACUAAAAAGUUUGUUUAACCCAACAAAAAUCGUGGCAAAGGGAUAUUUACGGAGUCUGAAUCCAUUGGAUGAGGUUGGGGGACAAGCUCUUGGGCCAAAUUGGUGUGAAAUACAGAUACAAGUUGCAAUGAGUCCAUGUGAGCAAUUGAUUAGACCGUAUGAUUUGCAGCAAACAAUUCAAAAUGCACUUGGUGCACCAGUUGCUUGA